GUGGCAGGGAACAUACUGAUUUCCAAAAUGGAUAAUGUUUCGCAUAGUCAGGAGUUCCGUCCAGUGGAGCUAGGAGGAGAUGCCGAUCAGCAAGUAAAACUUGACACAGAGAACAAACCAGCACAAUCGGAGUCAAACCAAACUCAGAAUGUUGACAGUAACUCUUCAAACAUACAAUAUCUCCUCAGAAAGUUCUUUGUUGCCAGGCCAGGGGCGUUUGACCAGGCUGCUGAAGAUUUGAAAGCUCAAGUGUUGAUGAAGGAAAAUGAAACGGUAGAAAGUAUCUGGCUUUUAGCAGAAGUUGACCACUGGAAUAAUGAGAAGGAACGAGUUGUUCUUAUCACUGAUAAAAGCUUGUACAUCUGCAAAUAUGACUUUAUAAUGCUCUGCAGCCAGCAGAUACAGAAAGUGCCUCUCAACUUCAUAGACCGGAUAUGCCUUGGACCAUUCACUUUCCCCCCAAAAUCUCUUGACAAGAGAGAAGGAAAUGGUCUUCGUAUCCAUUGGGAUAAACUACGUGAAGCCUCUUUUGCCUCUCGUUGGAAUCCUUUAUCUAUUGACAUGCCGUAUACCACAUUUAUUGAGCACCCUCUUAAGAACUGUACAGAAAAAUUCUCUGCCAUCUGCCAGCUUACAGGAUUUAUGGAUUGUUUGGAAAAAGCCGUUCAAGAAGCUCACAAGGCAAACCCAGUGCCAGGCCGAGCCAAUGGUGUCGUGAUCUUAAAUCAACCAAUUGCUAUUGAGACUUAUGUUGGGUUUAUGUCUUUCAUUGGAAACAGGAACAAGCUUGGCUAUUCCCUUGCUAGAGGCAGUGUUGGGUUUUAGAGUAAAAUACAUUAUGAAAAUUAUAUCCAAAAUCUGCCUUCAUAGAUUCUUAUGGAUUAAUUUAUAUGCCAUUUUAAUGUUUACAACGUAUAUGUUAUUAGUAAAUAAGAAUAACUGAAAGUUUGGGCACAUUGGAAAUAAUAAAUGAUGGCUGCAUUUGUUUAUUAUAAAAACAAUGUCAGAUUUCUGCCAAAUAUUCAGCAUUAUAUAUAUAUAUACAUAUAUAAAAUGUUGAUACCCACAUACAUUGAAGCCUGUCAGAAAAUGAAAUGUAAUAUUCAGAUCUUCUUUUAAAUUUUGAAUUGUAAAACAAAGGUCAAAGAGAAAAUGUGUUUUACCAUUAAGUCCAACGUAAAGCAUAACAUUUUUAAAAUCUGGUUUGGUGCAACAAUUGCAUACUUAUGUUUGAUAUAAAAUAUACACACAACAGCAUAAAUAUACAAAUGCACUACUCAAUAAAGAAAAAGUUCAGAUAAUAUAUGUAAGAUAAUGUUUCUCUACAAUUCAUAUAGCAUCUAAGGGGUAUAUUUUAUUCAGGUUUCAAACAAAUUAUCAAAGCAUUUUAUAUGAUAAAAUCUGAUAGGGUAUAGUGAUAUAUUUUGUAGGAAAAUUGUUUCCAAAUGUUUCUGCUUGAAUAAAAUAUGCCCCUAAUAUUGAAGUAUAUUUAACACUUUUUUUUUUAGAGUAACAAAUAAAGAUCAUGCUACAAUAUAUAUUUAAUGGGACACUCAGGUCAAAAUUAAACUUUCAUGAUUCAGAUAGAGCAUGCAAUUUUAAACAAUUUACCAAUUUACUUCCAUUAACAAAAUAUGCACAGUCUUUUUAUAUUUACACUUUUUGAGUCAAGAACUCCUACUGAGCAUGUGCUAGAUUCACAGAAUAUAUGUUGUGAUUGGUUGAUGGCUGUCACAUGAAGCAGUAGAAAUGGAAAUAGAAAUAACUUUGAAAUUUGUCAGAAAAAAAAUCUACUACUCAUUUGAAGUUCAGACUAAGUGAUAUUAGCAAUUUAUCAUGCAUUUGUUAAUUAUGCAAAUCUACUGUUUUUAAUAGUGCUAUAUUUGUCAAAGAUAUUGCAACUUAUAAAAACUAGCUUUGUAAAAAGAUCUGUGGUGUCUCAGUAACUGCUUUAGUAGCACUAUAAAAUAUUUUGGCAUGAAAAAAGAUUGAGAGUUGUUAAACUAACAUGAGAAUGAAUUCUAACUUAUGCAGUUGUAUUGGUUAACAGAGGCAUGCACCAGAAGCAUAAAGACAAAAAACGUUUACAUUCAGUAGAGAAACAUAAUUAAAAAAAAAAAAAAAUGUAAUCAAUUUUAAAAUAUCCUCUUUUCCAUGCGACAAAGUUUAGAUAAAAACAAAGCAACCACACUAGAUGAAGACACCCAGACAUAAAUAUAUUUUAUUGUUAUUCAUUGUCAUUUCAUAUAUAUAUAGCAAUAUUUUCCGAAUGUUUAAAAACCUAUCCUAUUUGUUUCUGCUUCAUUUUUCAUUUAUUUAACCUUUUAAUUUUGUAAUACCAGAAUGAGAAUAUUUUCUAUGAGCAAUCAGUUUUCCUGUGCAAUUUUAUAACUGUCUUUUUAUCAUUUAAAUUAAUGUGAAAUGCACAGCCGUGUCAGAUAAACAUUGCCUACCUGAGGUAACUUCUCUAUGAAGCAUUUUUUUUACAAAUGAGAGCAUAUUGAAACACUUUUCAAUGCUUUGCUAUAUAUUUCAAAUUCACUUUUAUUGUCUCUCUAUGUAAAAAUAUAUUCAAUACUAAUGACUUAUACUCUUCAUAAUGUAUAAUUAAAUAGCCUCUUCUCA